AAAUGGGAUUAUUAAAAGCAGGUACACCACUCAAGUGGACUGAUGCACUUUCAUUAAUUGACUAUGUAAAAGAACAUGGUAUUAAACAAUUUAUAAUAAUUUAUAACAAGGUAAAAGAUAGAACUGAUAAAGAAUUGAAAUGGGGAGAUGAAAUUGAAUAUUUAUUGUUAGAAAAAGAUUCCGAAUCACGUCAAGUUUAUUUAUCAUUACAUGCUAAACAAGUAUUAGAUGUUUUAAUGAAAGAAGAAGAAGAUUUUAAUUCAAAAUUGAUAACACAAGCACCAUUAGCAAGUUGGAAACCAGAAUAUGGUAGAUUUAUGUUAGAAGGUACACCUUUCUUUCCAUAUGAAGGAUGUAUUUCUUGUUAUUUGAAAUGUGAAGAAUCAAUGCAAAAAAGAAGAAUGAUUGCACAAUCAAUUGUUCCAAAGAUUUUACAACAAUUCAAAUCACCAAAUGUUACAAAUUCUGUUAUUACAAUGUCUUUAUUUCCAUUAUUAGGUGCAACAAGUAAAGUAUUGAAUAGUGAUAUUAAUAAGAGUCAAUUUAAUAAGAUUGGUGAUAUUUUACCAUUAAGUGAUGAUGAAAGUAAUGAAAUGUUAACUUUUAAUGGACCAAUUGCAAGAUCACCAUACAUUCCAGAUAUUAUUACAAAUGAACAUCCAAGAUUUGGUACUCUAACUAGAAAUAUCAGAUUGAGAAGAGGUAAAAAUGUUAACAUUCUAGUACCAUUAUAUAUUGAUGAAAAUACUAAUGUUAAUAUUGGUAAACAAGUUCAUCAUUUGGAUAAUAUUACAUCUUCUUCAACAACUAGUUCAUCAACUCUAACAAAUUUAUAUCCAAAUAUUGAUGAAAUUAUUCAACAAAAGAAGGAACAAGUACUUUCAUCUUCAUAUGCACAAAGAUUGAUAACAGAUUUUGAACAUUUUAUUCAUAUGGAUGCAAUGGCAUUUGGAAUGGGAUGUUGUUGUAUGCAAAGUACAUUAUUAGCACGUGAUAUUCAUGAAGCACGUAAUUUAUAUGAUCAAAUGGCAGUUUUAUGUCCAAUAAUGUUAGCACUCACAGCAGCAACACCAAUGGCACGUGGAUUAUUAGCAGAUACAGAUGUACGAUGGAAUAUUGUUAGUGCAAGUGUUGAUGAUAGAAGAGAUGAAGAAAAUAAUACAAUUUCUAAAAGUAGAUAUGAUUCAAUUAGUUUAUAUAUUGGUGAAAAUGAACAAGCAAAACAAUUUAGUGAUUUGGAAAUUGAAAUUGAUGAACAAUCAUAUAAUACUUUACGUGAAAAUAAUAUUGAUGAACAAUUAUCAAGACAUAUUGCACAUUACUUUAUACGUGAUCCACUUGUUAUAUUUACUGAUUGUAAACAAGUUGAUGAUGAAAAUGAAUCUGUUCAUUUUGAAAAUUUACAAUCAACCAAUUGGCAAACUGUUAGAUUUAAACCACCUCCAGGUCCAAAUUCAUCAAUUGGAUGGAGAGUUGAAUUUAGAGUUAUGGAAGUUCAAUUAACUGAUUUUGAAAAUGCUGCAUUUACAGUUUUUAUUGUUUUAUUAACACGUGCUAUUUUAUCAUUCAAAUUGAACAUGUUAAUGCCACUUUCACAAGUUGAUGAAAAUAUGAAAAAGGCACAUUUAAGAGAUGCUGUAUUGAAUCAAAAGUUUUCAUUUAGAACUUGUUUAGAUUCUGAUUUGAAUUCUAAAAUUUCAUCUGAAACUUUUUCUAAAUGUACAAAGGAAUUAACAAUUAAUGAAAUUAUGAAUGGUGUUCAAGAACAAGAUAAGAAAUUUAUUGGAUUAAUUCCUCUUGUUAGAAAAUAUCUUGAUCAAAUGCAUGUUGAAGUUAAUGAUAGAAUUAAAUUGGAAAGAUAUUUAAAUUUAGUUAGUUUGAGAGCAAGUGGUAAAUUACAAACUAAUGCUGCUUUUAUUAGACAAUUUAUUAGAAAUCAUCAAAAUUAUCAAAAAGAUAGUGUCAUUACACAAGAUAUUGCUUUUGAUUUAAUUGAAAUGGCUGAAAAGAUUUCAACUUAUGAAUUUAUUCCUGAUUCUUUAUUGGGUGGUUUUAAUGAUUUUGCCAAGACUGGUAGUCAAUAAAUAAUAAUAAUAAUUAUUGUUUUUUU